CCCCCUUUCAUUUCACAUGAAAACUCUAUAAACUUAUGUCACGCAUUGCAUAAUUUCAUCAACAAAACCAAAAAUGACAAAUACACAAAACACCCCACAAAUUCCACCCGCUGAAGAUGCUUACAAAUUCUUCAACAUCGAGCUCAACCCGGACGGCUCCCUCACACGGCGCAACGAACUCCCGACCCUACCUGCAUCGCCCGAACCCGACCCGAACAACCCGAACUCCCCCCUCUCCAAAGACAUUCCCCUCAACGCCGCCGCCAAAUCCUUCAUCCGCCUCUUCCGCCCGCAAUUAAACCCCCCUCCCAGCGCCAAGCUCCCGCUCCUCAUCUACUUCCACGGCGGCGGCUUCGUCUUCGGCAGCGCCGCCAGCGCGCCGUUCCACGCCUCCUGCGGCCGCAUGUCGGCUCACCUCCCCGCGCUGAUCGCCUCCGUCGAGUACCGCCUCGCGCCGGAGCACCGCCUCCCCGCCGCCUACCGAGACGCCAUGGACGCGGUCGCGUGGGCCAGGGAUCAAGCUGCUGCCGAUUCCGCCGCCGAUCCAUGGCUGGAAGAGCUGGCCGAUUUCUCUAGGGUUUUUCUGAUGGGGAGCAGCGCGGGCGGGAACAUAGCGUACCGCACCGGAUUGCGCCUCCUCGAUGAGGACGUCCGUCCGAUGAAGAUCGUGGGGCUGAUAAUGAACCAGCCGUUUUUCGGUGGGGUGCGAAGGACGGGAUCGGAGAUCAAGUACUACAACGACCGCAUCAUACCGCUGCACGGUGCGGACCUGCUUUGGUCGCUGGCGCUGCCGCACGGUGCGGACCGGGCGCACGAGUACUGCGACCCGAUGGCCGGCGGCGGGCCCGGGGAGGAGAGGAUCCGGCGGCUGCCGGUGAGCAUGGUGCGGGGCUACUCGGGGGAUCCCCUGGUGGACAAGCAGAAGGAGUUCGGCGAGAUGCUGGAGGCGCGUGGGGGGCGCGUGGUGGCGCAGUUCGUCGAUGGAGGACACCAUGGCGUCGAGCUUUUCGAUUCCAGGUUCGCCGAUGCUUUGUAUGAUGCCAUCAGAGACUUUGUCGGCGCAUGCAUAUGAUUUAUCGUUUUGUUAAAAUUUAAAUAAUGUGGUGGUGGAUUAUCUAUUGCAAUUUCUUCUGCUUUUGUGUUGUACUAAACCGCCAAUAAAAUGCUCAAUAAGUCUUAAGGGUCAAA